AUGGUUAAUACUAGAUUCAACGGCGUCACGCCUGUAGUUCCCGUCAAUGCUCCAGCUGAGGAAUUUGCAGCGAGAGGUCGCAGUCGAAGCAGGGGUAGAAGAAGAGCUAGUGGUAGAGGCCGAGGUAGAGUGAUACCUACUAGAGAUGGGGACAAAUGUCAUCAAAUUCCUUAUUUAUGUUCCCCCCUCAUCCAUACAAAUCCAAAAUCAAACAACUUCACACAAAAAAGGGCAACUGCAAGUGAUGAGUUUAGACUAGUAUCACCAAACAUAAAUCAUGAAGGAAAAUUACCUAGAAAAUACACACUUGAAGGUCAAGGUGCACAAAGAAAUAUGUCACCACCAUUAUAAUGGUACAAUUUACCACAAGACACUAAAAGUUUGUCACUAGUAGUGCAAGAUAUUGAUGCACCUAUUGUACCAUGGGUUAUUUGGGUUGUGACUAAUAUUCCACCAAGUUUAAAGGGUUUGCCGGAAGGAUUUUCUGGUAAAGGUGAUGAAUUAGGUGGAGAUUAUGGUCAUGUUAAAGAAGGACUUAAUGAUGAGAAAGUCCCGGGAUGGCGUGGACCUAAGUUGCCAAAUCAUGGUCAUAGAUUUGAGUUUAAGCUUUUUGCUUUGGAUGAUGAGCUCAAACUUGGAAACAAGGUGACAAAGGAUAAACUACUAGAAGCUGUGGAGGGUCAUGUUCUUGGAGAGGCUGUUUUGACUGCAAUAUUUUAAAUCUAUGAUUUUCCAAAUAUUUUCAUGCAACUUUAUGACAAGAAAAGUUGAAGUAGCUAGUGUAAUAAACAAUUACAACAAGUGACAUAUAUACAUGAGAUCACCAUCGUAGUUUAAUUUGUUCAACUUCUUAUUGUGUUUGGAAAA